AUGAUUGACCAGUUAAAACAAGCAUGUAAUAAACUUGAAAGAGUUCCUGGCUUCUACUCCAUUGACGAGCAAAUGGUACCAUUUACUGGUAGAUUUAUUCUUCGUCAAGUAGUCCGAAAUAAACCGCGCCUGGUGGGUCUGAAGAACUUUGUGCUGACCACAAGUGAAGGCUUGAUGCUUGACUUCGACAUUUAUCGAGGAGCAAAAACCAUGUUUGGAGAUACAUCUCUUGGACUUGGAGCUUCUGUGGUACUGCAUCUGGUGAAAAGUGUCCCGCCCGGAAGAUGUGUCUACCACGACAGAUAUUUUACCAGUGUUCCGCUAAUUGAAGAGAUGACUAAGAGGAAUCUUCACAGCACGGGAACAAUUAUGUUCAAUAGGAUCCCUGACCGUGCUGUAAUUAAAUUUAAACCAGAUGCUAGGAUGGCUCGUGGAGAAUCGCAGCAGUAUGUUUGCGAACCGACUGUCGUCGUCAAAUGGAAGGACAAUAAGUCGAUUAUAAUGGCGUCAAACUGCACCGGCUCAUCCUCAUCUUUAAUCGUCAAGAGAUGGGAAAAACGCACGAAGAUGUAUGACUCUCGAGAGCAAUGCGAUAGCAAUCAACAAGCAAUA